AAACAGAGGUAAUUUAUGAUGUAAUCUUUUCUUUCUUUUUAUUUUCUUCAAAUAUCAUUAUUUUAGUGUUGCUUUACAUUGUUAAUACUAUUAUAUGAAUGUUUUUGUUAUAAAGUAGUCCGAUACAACUAUACACUCUCAAACUAAGGAAAUUAAAAUGAAGAACUGUAGCAGCCUUCCCCAGUCUGAUAAUUCCCACCUGUAUCUAGACUGCAAUUGCCAUCUCUGCAUCUCCAAGCUGGUGAAGCAUGACAGAAACUUCCCAGUAAUAAAUAGGGAAAAUUGCAUUGUAGAUUUAUCAUGUGAACCAUUUUCCAAUAUAUAUUCUUACAGGUAUUAAAGGAAGGAACGCAAACAUGGAAGAAGAUGAUUACUAUGCAUUUCUUAGCAACAACACUUCUGAUGAAAGUUACUCAUAUGAAACCUUUUUGGAGUUCAAGCGAGUUUUCCUUGUCUGCAUGUAUUCAUUUGCCUGCAUCUUUGGAGUGACAGGAAACUCUUUGGUUAUCAUCAUUCUGGUUUUUUACAAAAAAGUGAAAAUGCUUACAGACAUAUUUUUAGUGAGCCUGGCUAUUGCUGAUUUCAGCUUUCUUUGCACGCUGCCCUUCUGGGCUUAUUCUGCUGCAGAAGAGUGGGUCUUUUAUACUCUCCCAUGUCAAAUCAUCCUUGGUUUUUACACCUUGAAUCUCUAUGGUUCUAUGUUAACUCUCACUUCUAUAACUGUUGACAGAUAUUUUGUAAUUGUGCAAGCGACCAAAACUCAUAUCAGUCAACACAAAAGAAGAUUCUGGGGUAUUGUGGUCUGUAUUUCAAUUUGGAUAAUCUCUCUGCUGCUUGCUUUGCCACAGUUCAUCUUCAGUACAGAGGAAAAGUUAGACAAAAAGAUAUGUUUUGCAAAUUAUGCUUCCCCAUCUAUUGAGCUGUUCACCGAAACAAUUCAGAUGACACUUGGAUUCUUCUGUCCUAUGCUCUUCAUGAUUAUAUGCUAUUCAAUCAUUGUAAAAACUUUACUCAGUGCUAAGGGCUUCCACAAGCACAAAUCCUUACAAAUAAUAUUUGCUAUUAUUGUAACUUUCAUUUUGACACAAAUGCCCUACAACCUUUUGAAACUCAUGCGGGCCUCAGACCGUAAUAUCAUGCUCAACUACAGGUUUGAAUAUGCUUUGAUCAUCACAGAAGCAAUUGCUUAUUUCCAUGGUUGCCUCAACCCAGUUCUCUAUGUCUUUAUUGGUGAGAAGUUUAGAAAGAACUUAGCAAAAGUUCUAAAAAAUAAUUGUUGUGUUAAACAUCAAGUUACAAGACAGUGGCAUACAACUGAUGAAAAUGGCUCCAAAAGUGGUACUGCCACAAAUAAUGCAGAGGAAACAAGCAUGGUUCCCUUAUAAGAGACCUGAGACAUAUUCUUAUCUUCAGGAUGAUUUCGGUCCUAGUUUCCCUGCUCACUCAUGAAAACAAGCAAGUUUUUAAAUAGCUAUCACGACUGUAAAAUAGUAGUUUUCUGGCAGAGAAAAUGAACAGAAUCUCACUGCAGCCUCAAUUCUUACGCUAUAGGUUUCAUCUGAGGAAAAAAAGACAAAAUAAAAAUAUGCUAAAUUAUAUAGCAGUUUUAGAACAAAUUCUAAAAUGCUUAGGCUAAAUCUUGGCAUCUUUUAAUUGUAAUCUACUGCUAUUUUGAAAUGCACUGCGAAGAAAUUAAGAGUAGUUUGAAGAAAUCACUAAUAUUUUAGCUUGCCUUUGUUCAAUAUAAGAACCUAUUCACAUUAAUCACUGAUAUUUCUAUACAGCUUAAAGGACAGCCUAAUACAUGUAUUUGUUUUUCUUCUGCUUUUCAUAGUGAAAUAUGCUUUACCCUGACUACAAUAUUAAUCUAUACAGACAUUCUAUUCCUGCUGAUAAUAGAUUCACGAGAUAUUGAGUAAAAGAGCGUCCAUAAACUUUGUUCCCUCAAUUUAAAACCAAUUGUAUGGCACCUAAUUCAGUUACAGAAUGUUGCCUGGCUGUUAUUAUUAAAUA